UUGACACUAUCUGAUUAGUAUUAUUUGUCAGUGGUAUUUAUUUAUGUUUUCGAAAUUUGCCCAUAAGCUGUGCUAGAAAAUUGCCGAUGAAAAACACUAAAAAAAUAUGAGAUGUGGGAUGCAUUAUUAAACCGUUCAUGCCAAUCGUGUGAAGGAUUUGGAACGCCUAAAACAUCAUUUGCUAAGCGCAAAUUAGACAUCAAUUCCAUAGAAUAUCAGAGCUACAUCCGGCGAGAUGUUCUAGGAUUUUUGGAUAAAUAUCCUAAACCGUCUAGAAUGUCCAAGGAAAAGAGAUGGUCAAUCUCCAGCAGUAAAUAUGCCGGUUACGCAAAUAGGACAGCAAUUGAUGGUAAAAUUGACAAAACCAAGAAGGCAGAUUUGAAAUAUAAGCCUGUAUAUUUGAGAGUGGACCGCGCUCGAGAGGAGGGUGAGAAAUAUCCAGCAAAUAAGCCUCAGGAACGAUGCGUUCGAAUAAAUGCGAAAAAAGAGGAAUGCGGUUGUUCGAAAGUGAAUAGAAAAGUAAGUCGAAUAACCAAAGGCAAUGAGAAAGACAAACCGGAGCGAUCCUUAAUCGUAUUUGAGAACUCGGGAGUAAAGUGUCCUGUUGGAUACUGCGACUUGGAAAAACGGAAGCGUGGUGGUUCAGAAAAUAGGAAAAAAUCGCCUGAUUCUCUCAAAACUAGAGAGGCCGAAGUCAAUCCGCAAGAGAAAAUUGCAGUUAGGCAUCCGAUAUUAAUUUUAAGGAAAAAAUACGUUAAAAGAAAAGAUGGCAGUAUUCCGGCUCUUAUGCCAGAUGGACCGAGUGUCCUAGAUGUAAAUAAGCAAAUGCAACUUGGAAAGGAGAAGCUUUAUAUGUUUGGUGAAAAAGGCUCAGGUUUUAAAGCAAGAGCAGGACCACAAGACUUCUACCAGCUUCGAGAUGAAAAUCUCGAAAGAGGAACCCUUUUUGAGGAUCCUGAAUUUCCCGCCACAGAUUCAUCAUUAUUCUUCAGCCAAAGGCCGGAUAGAUAUUAUGAAUGGAAAAGACCCCAUGAAAUAUGUGACAAUCCGCAAUUUUUUGUGGAGGGAUAUUCGCGGUUCGAUGUCCAACAAGGCGAAUUGGGAGAUUGUUGGCUUCUAGCUGCUGCUGCUAAUUUAACGUUGUAUCAUCGGCUCUUUUUGCAAAUUGUUCCGGAUGACCAAGAUUUUGACGAUAAAUACGCCGGUAUUUUUCACUUUCGGUUCUGGCAGUAUGGACGCUGGAUAGAUGUUGUGAUAGACGAUAGACUCCCUACGUAUCGAGGGCAACUUGUGUUUUUACAUUCUACCGAAGAAAACGAGUUUUGGAGUGCCUUAAUCGAAAAAGCUUAUGCUAAAAUGCACGGCUCAUAUGAAGCCCUGAAAGGAGGAUCCACCUGUGAAGCUAUGGAGGAUUUUACGGGAGGUGUUACUGAAAUGUACGAGUUGGAAUCCAGCCCUCCAAACUUGUUCCAAAUUAUGAUUAAAGCUUACGAGAGAGCUUCUCUGAUGGGCUGCUCCAUAGAGCCUGACCCCAAUAUCCUGGAGGCACAAACUCCCGAAGGACUCGUUAGAGGACACGCAUACAGCAUAACUAGAGUUCAAUAUGUUGAUAUUCAAACACCCAAUGUGACAGGGAAAAUUCCCCUGUUGAGGUUGAGAAAUCCAUGGGGUAAUGAAUCGGAAUGGAAUGGAGCGUGGGGUGAUGGAUCCCCAGAGUGGCGAUUUAUCUCAGAAUCAGAGAAAGAGGAACUGGGCCUUACGUUCGACAACGACGGCGAGUUUUGGAUGGCUUUUAAAGAUUUUCAGCAGCAUUUUAGCCGUGUGGAAAUUUGUAAUUUGAAUCCCGAUUCACUGUCGGAAGAGGAAUUGAGAGAGGGAAACAAAAAGAAAUGGGAGAUGUCGGUUUAUGAGGGUGAAUGGGUGAGAGGGGUGACUGCCGGAGGCUGCAGAAACUUCAUAGACACGUUUUGGAAUAAUCCUCAAUACCGGAUAACUCUAACGGAAGUUGAUGAGGAUGACGACGAAGGAAAUUGUACGCUGAUUGUUGCAUUAAUGCAGAAAAACCGACGACAAAUUCGAAGCACUGGCGGCGACCUGUUGACAAUAGGUUUCGCAAUCUAUCACCUUCCAUACCCAGACCGCGUUCCAAAACCAUUAGACCUGCAAUUUUUCAAGUACAACGCAUCCGUGGCACGAUCUCCGUCCUUUAUCAAUUUGCGCGAAGUCUCGUGCCGAUUUAAACUGCCUCCUGGAACUUACUGUAUCGUGCCUUCCACGUUCGACCCGAAUGAAGAAGGAGAAUUCCUACUCAGAGUAUUCUCCGAGAAUCAGAAUAAUAUGGAGGAGAACGACCAACAAAUCGGAUACGGCGAAUUGGAUGAAAAAGUUGUCCACUUAUCCUCGAUUGUAUCCGAACUUGCCCCAAUGCCUGAUCCCGUAAAUGAGCCUCCCAUUCAGAAAUCAGUUCGAAAUUUGGCAGAGGUCGUCGAAGUAGAACCCAGUGCGGAAGAACAGGAGGAAACCGACAAAGUGUACGAAGUAUUCCUCAAAUUGGCUGGUGAAGAUAAAGAGGUGGAUUGGAAAGAGUUGAAAGAGAUCCUCGACUAUUCCAUGCAAGAUGAAUUAAAAAGUGGAAGCGGCGUGUAUUACAAGAAGGAGGCAAAUGGGGUGAGCGCCGCCCCACCGAGAGGAAACCCAGCCAUUUUAGAUGCUCCCCAAACUGAAACCGACAACUUUUUCAGUCAACUUUUAGGCUUAAUAUGCGGUCAUUUUUGCAAGGAUUCUCCACUACUAUCCGAAGUACUGAAGCCGACUCAACGAGCUCCUUUGCUAACCACUUUUGCGGCUCUAACCAGAGACGGAUUUUCAAAAGAUAUCUGCCGAAGCAUGAUUGCUAUGAUGGACGUUGACAAAUCGGGCAAACUCGGCUAUGAGGAAUUUAAGAGUCUCUGGCAGUCUCUUAGGGAUUGGAAGAAUGUCUGGAGUUUAUAUGACACUGAUAAAUCAGGAACAUUCAGUGGAUUCGAACUGAGGCAAGCUUUGCAGUCUGCAGGAUAUCGGCUUAAUAAUCGAGUUCUCAACGUUUUGAUGCACCGUUUCGGCAACAAAAUGGGAGAAGUACAUUUCGAUGAUUUUAUGAUGUGUGCAAUGAAGACUAAAACGAUGAUAGACUGUUUUAAAGCCAAAGAUAAAACUGGAAUCAACACCGCAACGUUUUCAUUGGAGGAGUGGUUGGAGAGUACUUUAUAUUCGUAAACAGUUCUACUCUAAUGCUCAUUUCUACUGCCUGUUUAUAUAUACUUUUUGUAUUUUAUUACUAUUAAAAUGAUAUAAACGUCGCUAUUGAUACGCAUGUUUAAAAUACUAUUUUUAUGCAUCUUGUUGAAAAAUCACGAAAUAUACGACCUAUUAAUCAUAA